GGGCGUGGAAGGGGAGGGGGCUGAUGGAGAAAGAAUGGCGGUGCUUCCGUGCCUGGGGCAGCGCUCCCGUCCCGUCCCGUCCCGUCCCGUCCCGUCCCGUCCCACAACGCUGCGGGAAGCGAUGGCAGCAGCUGCAAUAGAGCACGCUUUGCUUACUGCAAACUCCGCGUCUUUACGAUGGGCAGCGGCUUGGCAGGAUGGGCAGAGAAAGAAAUCGAAGGAGUCCCGAAGGCGUGUGACUCCCUGAAGGGUCGCACUCCCUGCGCUACUUCCUGACCGGGAUGACGGAUCCCGUUCCCGGGAUGCCGCAGUUCGUGAUCGUCGGGUAUGUGGACGGCGACCUGUUUGGUAAGUACGACAGUAAGAGCAGGAGUGCACAGCCCAUCGUGGAGAAGCUGCCGCAGGAGGACCAGGAGCACUGGGACACGGAGACCCAGAAGGCCCGGGACGGCGAGCUGGAUUUCUGCGGGUUCCUGGGCAGGCUGCCGGAACAGUACAACAAAAGUGGAGGGUCUCACACGAUGCAGAUGAUGAUCGGCUGUGACAUCCUGGAGGACGGCAGCAUCCGAGGGUACGAUCAGUAUGCAUUUGAUGGGAGGGACUUCCUUGCCUUUGAUAUGGACACGAUGACGUUCACCGCGGCGGAUCCAGUGGCAGAAAUCACCAAGAGGAGAUGGGAGACAGAAGGGACGUAUGCUGAGAGAUGGAAGCAUGAGCUGGGGACUGUCUGCGUUCAGAACUUGAGGAGAUACCUGGAGCAUGGGAAGGCGGCAGUGAAAAGGAGAGUGCAGCCCGAGGUGCGAGUGUGGGGGAAGGAGGCCGAUGGGAUCCUGACCUUGUCCUGCCACGCUCACGGCUUCUACCCGCGGCGCAUCGCCAUCAGCUGGAUGAAGGACAGCAUGGUCCAGGACCAGGAGACCCGCUGGGGGGGCAUCGUGCCCAAUAGGGAUGGCACUUACCACACUUCGGCUGCCAUUGAUGUGCUGCCGGAGGAUAGGGACAAGUAUCGGUGCCGCGUGGAGCACGCCAGCCUGCCCCAGCCUGGCCUCUUCUCUUGGGAGCCGCAGCCCAACCUGAUCCCCAUUGAGGCUUGGCUGGUCGUCCCCUUGGUGGUUCUCUUCGUUGCUUUGAUUGCAUUAUUGGUGUGGAAGUUCCUGUCAGGGAAGGAGAAGAAGGGUUAUGAAGCAGCAGCAGGCCACGAUGGGGUAUCCAGCGGCUCGGCCACAGGUACAGUGUGGAACGGGGGCUCAGGAGGGGUCCCUGUGGUUGGAGCGAUCCCACUUCCCUGCACUCCCCCAUUGGACCCACAUCCGGGGCAAUACUGGGCCCAGCCCUCCCUGCUGAACCCCCAGGGUGGUAAGUCAGGAUGGGGAUGUGGCCCCACGUGACACCAUCUCUUCUCACCCCCACAGGAAGUGAACCUUCCAUCUGAGUGCUGUGCUGCUUCAGCCAGCCCUGCAUGCACGUGUUUGGAGUUUGUGGGUGUGUGUAUCUCCAUUUGCUCGACUCCUGCAUCUCCUCGGGCUGACGCAGUGUGUGCUCCCCUGCUCACACACUGUUUCCAACAGUUAGCACAUGGGUUCUGCCCUGUGCUAGGCUCUCUCCUACCAUGUAGGAUUAUCUUACCUGGUGCCUGUGCCAAUUGUACCCAGGUCAGAACGCCCCGGUCUCAACUUUGUUCAGCAGCUUUCUUUGUGAAAAGCAGCUCUCAGCGCUGUGCUCAUUGUAGUCAGCCAUUAGCUUCAAAACCUUGUUGGGCAGCUCAUGCCUUGGAUGGGUGCUGCUGACCAGGCUUUGAGCCAAGCUGGCAUGGUUUUGUAAUUUUGCCAUUGGUAUUCCACAUCAUAGCAUCAUGGACAGCCCGGGUAAUUACAGGGUUAAUAGUCCGGUUCUGUGUACUGACAACCUUCCAGAUACCUGCUUCUCGAAAGAGAAGAAGAACUGCGUAUCCCAGAGGACCUCACGGUCAGAGAGGGAAGAUACGGCACUGAAAUCACAGGUUAUGAGUUGCGUGAUCAGGCUCACACUCUCUCUCUGGCAGCCACGCAGAGUGCUGGGUGUGCUUCCGAGCUGUGCGCCUUCAUUCAAGCAGACCUUUCGGUUUUGGAAACUUUCUCUUAUUUUAUCUUUUUUAUAACCCGUACUUUCAAUUUGAUUGUAUUAUAUUGUGUUAUCUUGCAUUCCAAUAUCACGGUUAGUAAAAUAAGUUUUCCACCUUA